AUGGCGCACGAAAGUGAAAAUUCGAGAAACAUUCGCAAACGGAAUAUAAUGGGUAAUUUUUGUGUGCGACGGAAGGAAAUAUCUCGCGAAAACACGCGUGAAAUCUUUCUUUCUAUUUGUAUCGUGUCUGUCUGACUAAAUUAAUAUGAUCAUGUCUGAUGUCAAAAGUAGUUUAGUACUCGUUCGAUCAUAAAUAAAUCGUCGUGACUCUCUAUCUCGUAAUACACGAAUUAUUCUGUCCUGGCGACGAUAACGUAAUCUUUUAUUUUAUUUUAUUUUAUUUUUUUUUAAUAACUUAGAAACGAUUGACGCGGCAAGUGCAUUUGUUUGGAUUAUUUUCAGAUCGAUCGAUUAUAUCAAAAAAGAUUUCGCACAUAAUAAAAUAUCAUACCAGCUGGUGUAUGAAUCUCUGGACGUUAAUCUGGCUCCACAGAAUUUCCUCUUUGUCUACUAAAACGAACGAGUCGCUCACCUUGCGAUUAAUUUGCAUUGCAGGAAGUCAGUUCAGCGACAAUACACCGCCGGUAAUGUGGAUAGACCGAAAUUUGGUGCUUCUGGAUACAGAGCCGGUAGGAAAUAUAGUGACUAGGGCCCGUGCCAAGGACAAUGAACAGGAUCAGCUAACCUAUGGCCUGGAACCUCUUGGGCACAACUACAACGGAAACGACAGCCCGCAACCGCCGCUCCCUUUCUUCAUCGACAAUAGAACCGGCAUUAUCUACGUUAACGAAACGCUCAAAGACAAGGGAGGGCAGGACCUGUUCCUUUACGUGACCGUGUCUGACGGUCAGCUCACGACAAAGACCGAGGUCUACGUCGCUAUUCAGAACACCUCGAAUCCCAAGGAACCCGACUGGACCAGGAACCCGGUGAGCUCCGCUGGCAGAAGGAGACCACCGUUGUUGUCCGGCGUCGUUCCUGGACAGGGACUGUUCCGAAAAUUGGGGAUACCACCGUCGCCGGUAGCUGUGCCCCCGAGCAUACCGAAAACGACGAGGCUGCAGCCCGAGGAGGCGAAACAGGCGGAGGCUGACGCCAGUCCAGGGACCACCGGUGUUCCGCAACAGGCCACAGAGGAGAACGAGGUCGAGGGGCCAGCUCUCAGCUCGAAAAUUGCACCUGCCGAGGCACCGCCUUCCCAAGAUAUAGCAAUCACCUUGGUACCUGUCACGGCGGUCUGCGUGCUGCUCGUGGGCCUUGGCAUGGGCGCCUGGUCCCUCAGAAACAAAUUCUGCAGGAACCGCAAGUCCAAGGAAGACACGGUACCAACACACACAGUUUUAUGGAUGAAGUGUUGUUAUACGGGUAUUCUGAAGGAUGAUGAGAGAUACAGAGGAAGGUUGAUUGGUAAAGAGCAAGCCUCGGUCAGCGUUUCGAAUAUAUCAGACGAUCCAUCGCUCGUUUUGAAAAGAUGGCGAGGUCCAAAAGCGCAUAACAAUCGAUACGAGCCCUGGGAAAAAGAGAAUCAAGGUGCGCAGAAUAAACAAGAAGAUAAAUGGGAAUUUCCACGGCAUCGAUUAAAGGUC